AUGUAUGUUGACGAUUAUUUGGGAUCCGCAAGGAGUGCCGACGAAGGCGUAGCAGAAGCGUCCACCGUAAGAAAAGCUCUGGCCGGAGCCGACCUUCACUUUCAAGAUUGGAUCUCCAAUUCAGCAGAAUUCGUAGCAGCCAUGCAGGAAGAAAAGAAGCCAAUUCCGCAAAUCUCCAGUCUUUCCACGGACAGCGAAAGUACGAAGGUGCUCGGUGUGGUGUGGAACACCACCUCAGACGCUCUAGGCUUCCAGAUAAAUCGCUCGACGGAGGAAGAAUACACACGGCUCAGUUUGACUAGCCACGUCGCCGGAAUAUUCGAUCCGCUAGGGUUAGCGGCUCCUAUCAUCAUAAAGGCAAAGGUCCGCCUUCGCGAUUUGGUCGUCAAGGGGCUAAAAUGGUCCGACCCUGAAGAAGGAGCUGAUCGAGCGUGGUGGGAGUCAUGGUUCCAGAUCGUCCAAGAAUUGGCCCAUGUGUCCAUCGAACGCUGUUUAUUUCCAGAAGAGGACGAUAUCGUCGAGUCUCAGCUACACACGUUUGGAGAUGCCUCAGAGGAGGCCUACGCUACGGUGGUGUACAUCCGCAACCAGUACCGCUGCGGUAAAAUCAUUAUCAGAAUUGUGAAGGCAAGCAGUAAGUUGGCCCCAAAGAAGAGUCUGUCGGUGCCAAAAUUGGAGCUAAACGCCGCCCUAUUGUCCGCCCGUGUUGCUGCCACCGUCCAGAACUGUCUCACCCAUUCCAUCGACCACAGAUAUUUCUGGACGGACUCCAGUACUGUCCGUAAUUGGAUAAGAGCAACCGCCUCGUUUUACCAAAUCUUCGUCGCCAACCGAGUCGGAGAGAUCCAGACGUUAACAGAGAGCGACGAAUGGCGUUUUAUUCCCGGCAAACUCAACCCCGCUGACGCUGCGACCCGUUCCGCCAUCGGAGAAGAGGUAUGGCCAAAGAUCUGGCAAGAUGGCCCGGAAUUUCUACUACAACCUGAAUCAACCUGGCCCACAGAUCUGCCGUGGAUGGCCACGACGUUCGAAAUCAAAGCCAUCAAAUUAUAUUCCGUCCAGUCCAAUCCGGAUCCGUUUGGUUGGUCAGCAGUCGGUUUGGACUGUUCUAACCUUUCAUCUUUCUUAAAAUUAGAAGGGGAAACGAAGAACCUCCUCAAACGAUGUCAAUCAGAAGCUUUUCCGGAAGACAUCGCCAGACUUAAACGAGGAAAGCCACUUCGUUCCUCUUCCCAUCUACUGGUUUUAAGCCCGACGCUAGACGAAGAUGGAAUCUUACGUCUCGGCGGCCGGAUUGAUAGAGCGAAGCUGCCGUACGAUGCCCGUCACCCUCCGUUACUGCCCAGCAAGCACCCGCUCACGGAGAAAAUAGUCGAAGUCGUGCACGGUCAGAUGCAUCACGCCGGAACCGACAAUUUAUUCGCCAAAUUGUGUCAACAUUUUUGGAUCAUUCGCGGGCGAGAGCUGGUCAAGAAGGUGCGUCGAAUGUGCCCAACGUGCAUCAAGGAGAGGGCGGUUCCAGCCGCUCAACUGAUGGGCAAUCUACCAGCCGUGCGACUUGAUUCCUAUUCUCCCCCUUUCUUCCACACUGCAGUUGACUAUUUCGGUCCUAUAGAGACAAAUUUUCUGCUGGUUUUUCGUCGAUUCAUCGGCCUUUUUGGCAAACCUGCCACCGUCCACUCCGAUAAUGGGACGAAUUUCGUCGGAACGGAGCGAGAGUUGAACGAUCUUGUUGAUCAACUCGAAAAGGACCCGAGGCUGUCGCAGUUCCGAAAAGAAAAAGUGAUUGAUUGGAACUUCCAGCCUCCACGAGCACCACACUUCGGCGGAGCUCACGAAAGUUUGGUCCGUUCUACAAAACGUGCCCUGUACCAAGCCUUAGAUCUGGAGAAGAAAGCUUUACGCUACCCCACGGACGAGAUGCUUCGGACUCUAUUUGCCGAAAUAGCCGGAUUCCUCAAUUCUCGCCCUCUGACCUACGCUAGUUCGGAUCCGGAGGACUUUCGGCCCUUAACGCCGAAUGACUUUUUGAAUCGCCCACCUACUUUCGAUCUGCUGCCCGGCAAAUUCAGUGACGCCUUGCCCCGAGAACGGUUCCGUUACGUUCAGAAGAUGGCCCAGUUAUUCUGGGAUUUAUGGACUAAAUUGUAUCUUCCGACACUAGUCCCGCGAAAGAAAUGGCAAUCGGCUCAAGAGAACCUUACCGUCGGUGACGUCGUCCUUCUGCUGGAUCCUAACCUACCGCGUGGUCUCUGGAAAAUCGGCCACGUCAAUCAAGUUUAUCCGGGAGGCGAUGGACUAGUACGCGUCGUCAAGGUGAAAACGGAGGACGGCGAGUACACCCGAGCGAUUCACCGCCUAAGUCUCCUCGAGAAAGCUGUCGUAGCCGAUGUUCAUCCGGAAGAACCUCAUCCAUCUUUAUCAAAAUAG